CCACAGGCAGGGGGCGGAAGAGAGGACUGUAGUGCGCAACCCGGGCUGCAGUCUUACCCACGGCAGAUUCACCCAGGGAUACAUCCAGGAGCCACCGUAAAGCCCGGUUUACACACGUCAGUUAAAAGCCUUCAGCACGGAAGUCAUCUCACGGUAUUUCUGACAGCGGUGACAUCUUAGAGAAAGAAGUGCCCUACACGCAUCAGAGUGAUCGACAUUCGAUACCAUGUAUUGUUGGCAAUAUUCAAGGGCUAGUCAUUCCACUUUCUUCCUUCCACUUAGGCAUUUUGGAUGAUUGCUGGUGUCUCUUCAUAGUCAGAUCUGCUUGUUUUUGCCUGCUAAUAACAUCUUCGUCACGAAGAGGUCCACACCAGGGUUAUGUAAAUACUUGAAACGAGGAACAAUUAAACCCUGGGCUGAAACAUUAGUCUAGUGGGAGGUAUAGGGUUACUUCCUUCAGUGACACACUCAUCUACCCUCUCAGGUGAAGACCGUCUCUCAGAGGCUCAGGGACGUGGUUGUAAACACCAGGCGUGGACGCAGGCGCUGAGGGAGGACCGGACCAUGGACUUGGGAUCUUGAAAUGGUGGGUUUUGAAGAGCCGACGUUGGGCCAGAGGGUCAUCGAGUGCCCGGAAGAUGUCAACAGCCCCCGCUGCGGCUCUUACACCUGGGGGGUGACCCGCACCCACUAGGAUGCCUGGAUGGUUCAAGAAGGUGUGGUACGGGCUGGCAUCGCUACUCAGCUUCUCCUCCUUCAUCCUCAUCAUUGUUGCUCUGGUGCUGCCCCACUGGCUGAGUGGGAAGAUCCUUUGUCAGACGGCAGUGGACCUGGUCAAUGCCACCGACCCAGAGCUGGUCAAAUUCAUUGGGGACAUUUACUACGGGCUCUUCCUAGGGUGCAAGGUGCGGCAGUGCGGGCUCGGGGGCCGCGAGUCCCAAUUUACGAUCUUCCCACAGCUGGUGAAGGAGCUCAACGCGGGCCUGCACGUGAUGAUCCUGCUGCUCCUCUUCCUGGCCUUGGCCCUGGCUCUGGUCAGCAUGGGCUUUGCCAUUCUCAACAUGAUCCAGGUGCCCUACAAGGCGGUCAAUGGCCCCGGGGGCAUCUGCCUAUGGAACGUCCUGGCAGGUGGCGUCGUGGCCUUGGCCAUCACCAGCUUCAUGGCCGCCGUGAGAUUCCACGACCUGACGGAACGCAUUGCCAACUUCCAGGAGAGGCUCUUCCGCUUCGUGGUGGUGGAAGAGCAGUACGAAGAGUCCUUCUGGAUCUGCGUGGCCAGCGCCUCCGCCCACGCUGCCAACUUGGUGGUUGUGGCCAUCAGUCAGAUUCCCCUCCCAGAGAUUAAGAUCAAAAUAGAAGAGGCCACGGUCACGGCCGAGGAUAUCUUGUAUUAACAGCCUUCUGGCCACACCCUCUCCUCAGUCAGUCUGGUGCAGGGAUGGAGGCCUCAUCUUUGUUGCAGGCUUUGCCAUCCAGAAUGUCUGUGAUUUUGGCAAUGAGAAGAAGGCGAUGGGAGGAGGGAGGCUGGUACCUGGGCCAGAAGAGGAAAACGUUCCCGGAUUCCUGGCAUCUCUGUCCUUCUCUCUCAAUGACCUUGGACUUGAACUUGGAGACUUUGCACUUGCCAGUUGUGUGACAUUGGACAAUUCAUUUCACGUCUACUUCUCAGUUCCCUCAUCUGUAAAAUGGGGAUAAGAAUGACCUCACAUGAUGUAAUGGGCUAUAAUGUUGCCAGGCUUUGGAUAUUUUAGAGCAUUCCACGAAUAUAAGACACUGAACGCUCUAA